UACAAGUUGCCGGUUGCUACUUGCUACCAAUGAAGCCAUUUUGAAAUGCUGAGUAGAGUAGAGUUUGAAACAGCUGAGUUGUGGAGUUGGGCUUUGAGCCCUUUUGCUGUAACGGACAUCUUUUUCUUCUUCUUCUUCCUCCUCUGCUGCUUUGAUUCUUCUCUCUUCAGGGACUAGCAAAAGAUUGUCUUUAUUUGCUGGGGAAGUGGAGAUAUUACUUAGGGCUUGCUUGAGAAGUUUGGGGAGCAUGGCAGGCGGAAAGUUCUGAUUGGUGAUCUUGGUUCAAGUUGUUAUAUCGUGUUAUGGACUUAACCUAUACGGAUUUUAUUCGUCCUUGUAAUUGUUAUAAAUCUUCAGAGUUGAGUGAAACAAUCUUGCACUCAACUCAGACCGCUAAUUUUAGGGAGCGCUAUGCUCUUGGAGAUCAGUUAGGAUGGGGAAGAUUUGGCAUUAUAAGGGAAUGCUCUGAUAAGUUGACUGGGGAAGUUUUGGCUUGCAAGUCUAUUGCCAAAGAGAGAUUGGUUACAGAGGAUGAUGUCCGCAGUGUGAAGCUUGAGAUUGAAAUAUUGACCAAGUUGUCUGGGCAUGAGAACAUUGUGGAUCUCAAGGCUGUGUAUGAGGAGGAGGAUUAUGUUCAUCUCCUCAUGGAGCUUUGUGCUGGUGGAGAGCUUUUUCAUCGGAUCGAGAAGCAGGGCAGAUUAUCGGAGCAUGAGGCACGGAUUAUAUUUAAGCAAUUUGUGGAAGUAGUAAUGUAUUGUCACGAUAAAGGCAUUAUGCAUAGAGAUCUCAAACCAGAAAAUAUUCUGUUGGUCUCAAGGUCUUCCUCGUCACCUAUCAAAUUGGCUGACUUUGGUCUUGCGACAUACAUCAAACCUGGACAGACAUUGCAUGGGACUGUUGGUAGUCCAUUUUACAUAGCUCCUGAGGUUUUGGUGGGAGGUUAUAAUCAGGCAGCUGACGUGUGGAGUGCUGGAGUUAUUCUUUACAUUCUACUGAGUGGAAUGCCUCCCUUUUGGGGAAAAACUAAAUCGGCAAUAUUCGACGCUGUACGGGCUGCGAACCUUUGUUUCCAUUCUGAUCCUUGGGAUAACAUUUCAAUGGCGGCUAAGGACUUGAUCUCCAGGAUGUUGUGUUUUGAUCCUUCAAAAAGGAUAACUGCUGCUCAAGUCCUUGCUCACUCCUGGACAAAGGAUACCUCACGGUCGCAGGUUACUCAGGAAUUGUACAGACAAGAUAACCUCAGUUGUCAGCAACUAGAAGUGGGCAGCUAUUCUUUUUCUAAUCUAAAUGCUUACAGAGACCAUGAUUUCAGUUUCCAUGAUGGGUCGCCUGUAAUUGUAAAUAGCGAGCAGGAGGAUUCUCCCGUUUUCUCAUGCAGAUCAUCUUUCUCUUCAACCCUCAUAAACCAGGGCACGCCUUCCUCAGCGUCGGGAGCUGUGUACCCUGGUAGCUGCUGUAAAACAAAUGCUGCAGAGUUCUCAUCUCCAAUUCAUUCAAUUCCAAGUUUCACCUUUUUCAGCCCUAUCCCUACAUUUGAAGAAAGCACCGAGUCCUUGUGUGUCAAGACCAAAAUGCUCUCAAUUGAUGGAGAUCCAGCUAUACAAAAGCUGAUCUUAUUUCCAGGUAUGGAAUGCGCCACAGAGCAAAAGUCGGUUGAAAUGGAGGAGAGGUGCAGCAUCCACCCAAGAGGAGUAUCAAGUGCUUCAAAGGCUACAAGCUUGCAGAACAAGAGGAACCACACAAUCAGUCUUGGCGAGCUUGAUCAUCUGGAUCUCAUAGCCACUGCAUCAGUCAGUCGCUGGGCGUCGUGCACGAGGAUUCCAAGUGCAGCCUCAUUGAGAUCAUCACUCGUCUGCUAGAGAAACAAAGGCAAGAAACAUUUAAUCCUAAUUUGUACCAACUGCUGCAAUAUGUAAUCUUGGAUUCUUGUUUCUUGCUGCAAAUAGAGGAUUUUAGACUUUUUUCCAUUCAAGAUAGGAAUCAUGGAUGGCUGAUAUAGCAUUGUAAUGUUGUUAAAGUAUGCAAUAUUUGCAGCUUAGACUCGGAAUCUCAACAUAUGAUAGUAAAGUCGAAAAUAGUGAUGAGGGUCUCUUUGAAGGUUGGGUUUCACUUUUACCCCCUCAACUUUGAUAAAAUCUCAGUUUAUAUCCUUA